AUGGACCUUUUGGGGCACCACCGGGUGCUGUUUGCCAUUGAGGGACACAGGGAGGGAUACAAGAAGGGGUACGGGGAGGGGUACAGGGAGGGAUACAAGGAGGGGCAUAGGGAGGGAUAUGGGGAGGGAUACAGGGAGGAUUACGGGGAAGGAUAUGGGGAGGGACACGGGGAGGGAUACGGGGAGGGAUAUGGGAAGGGACGCAGGGAGGGAUAUGGGGAGGGAUAUGAGGAGGGAUACAGGGAGGGAUAUGGGGAGGGACACAGGGAGGGACACAGGGAGGGAUAUGGGGAUGGAUACGGGGAGGAAUACGGGGAGGGAUACGGGGAGGAAUACGGGGAGGAAUAUGGGGAGGGAUACGGGGCGGGAUACAGGGAGGAAGUGUGA